GGUAUUCAUCCUCAGCCAUCAUGCCUGCUGACGUUGCGAAACCCGCUCCCAAGAAGGGCUCCAAGAAAGCCGUUUCGAAGACCGCUGUUAAAGGCGGCAAGAAGCGCCGUAAGACCAGGAAGGAGAGCUAUGCCAUCUACGUGUACAAGGUGCUGAAGCAGGUCCACCCCGACACCGGUAUCUCCUCCAAGGCGAUGGGAAUCAUGAACUCCUUCGUCAACGACAUCUUUGAACGCAUCGCCGGUGAGGCCUCUCGUCUGGCUCACUACAACAAGCGCUCCACCAUCACCUCCAGGGAGAUCCAGACCGCCGUCCGCCUGCUGCUCCCCGGUGAGCUGGCCAAGCACGCCGUGUCUGAGGGCACCAAGGCUGUGACCAAGUACACCAGCUCCAAGUAGACUCCACCACCUGGUCUCAAACAAACGGUCCUUUUAAGGGCCACCCAA